CAUAGCGCAGCCGGGUCCCGCCGCCAUGAUGGCGGCAGGCGCCCUCCAGCCCCUUCGCUCCUCCUCGCUCCUCCUCGGCCCCGCCGAGGGGCACAAACCGGGGAAGGGGCAGCGAGGAGGGAGCCAGGGGCACCCCGCAGCGCCUCACGCCGCCCGCCGGCAGCGGGGAAGGCGGAGCGGAGCGGAGGGAGGGCGGAGGGCGGCGGGACGAGGGUUGGGACCAUGGCUAUUGACUGGAUUGGAUUUGCAUAUGCUGCACUGCUGGCUGUUGGAGGUGUUGUAGGAUAUACUCGCAAAGGUAGUAAAAUCUCUUUAGCUGCUGGUCUUACCUUUGGCUCUGUGGCUGGGUAUGGAGCUUACUGUGUGACAUGUGAUCCGAAAAAUGUGAAGAUAUCAUUGUUUUCAGCUUUUCUUUUGACCCUUAUCAUGGGAAUGAGGUUCAAGAGGUCCAAGAAAUUAAUGCCAGCUGGACUGGUAGCAUGCCUGAGCCUUCUGAUGAUUUUGAGGCUUGUUUUUAUGCUGAUGUAGGAGAAUUUAGCAACUUAAGAAUCGAAGUAUGACUGUCACACCCACCUAACAAAGAGGCAGGCUCUCCGUACUUGAAAGACAAGUUUGAACACAAGUCUUAAUUUGCAUUUAUCUUUUCUGUAAAAAAUCUGUACCUGUAAUUUAAUUGUUGGCACUUGCUGGUAUUUUGCAAGUUUUUUAAAAAACUGAAACAAAUAUUUUGUUGAUGAUGUGUUUUGAUCUUCCAUUUAAGCAAUCUGUUAACUCAAGGGAUCUAUACCUGUAAGUUUGAUAGCUUUCAGAGGUGCUGAGCACCCCAGGAAAUUGCAUUCGUCUUGCACUGUAUCUCUGAGAUAACAUACACAUAAAUAUCUCAUUAUGUUAAAAAGAUAAAUUGUUCUGAACCAUAAAUUUGUAACUUCUGUAAUUAAGUAAUCCAUCCUAAUCAUAUUGUCAGUUAGUAAUCAAUAAAGACGUGUGCCUGUACUGUCCAAUACUGGAAAACCCACAUUCCUUUCAAACACGUGCAUCUUCUUCCACUAAUUCUAAGUGUAAAAAUUUUUAUCAGUGUUCAAAUAAAACAAAAAGUUCAAAGCUUC